AUGUCCACCGAACAGGCAGCCGGCGCAAUUGAGGUCGACACGGCGGCCGAGAAUAACGACGAUGGCUACGCCGAGUCUAGCGCGUCCAGCACGCUGACCUCGAUCAAGUCCGAAAUUAGAAAAGGCAUGGAGGAGAAUGGUAGAAUAUACGCCGUGUACGGCGAGAACGAGUACGCCAUGCCGGUGGACGAGCGCGAACAGGACCGGCUCGACAUGCAGCACCACAAAUACACGCUCCUGACGGACGACAAGCUGCACCUCGCGCCACUGCCGGCCAAGCCGCAGCGCAUCCUCGACAUCGGCACGGGCACGGGCAUCUGGGCCAUCGACAUGGCCGACAAGUACACGGCGGCCGAGGUGGUGGCGACCGACAUCGCGCCCGUGCAGCCGACGUGGGUGCCGCCCAACUGCUCCUUCAUCCUCGAGGACUGCAACUCGCCGCAGUGGCAGUUCGCCGACGCCAGCUUCGACCUCAUCCACUGCCGCGACGGCUUCAUGACGGUCCGCGACUGGGCCGCCUUCGCCCGCACCGCCUUCGCCCACCUGCGGCCCGGCGGCUGGACCGAGCUGGCCUGCAUGAUGCCCGUGCCCGAGUGCGACGACGGCUCCAUGCCGCCCGACUGCGCCUACGUCGAGGCCUGCAGCGUCUUUCGCCGCAUCGGCGAGGCCAUGGGCGUCGAUUUCCUCGACCCGAAGCGCUACAAGCACUUCCUCGAGGACGCCGGAUAUGUGAAUGUUGAGCAGCGCCUGUUCAAGAUGCCGUCCAGUGAGUGGCCAAAGGACAAACGGCUGAAGACGAUCGGCGCCCUUGAGCGGCUCAACGUGGUCGAGGGCGGCGAAGCCUUCUUGGUGAGGGGUGUCACGAAGCAGUUGGGCAUGACGAGGGAGCAGAUGGAGGUGCUGCUUGCGAGGAUGCGGAAGGAGCUUAAUUCGAAUAGGAUACACGCCUGGGUUCCCUUUUAUGUCGUCUACGGACAAAAACCACACGGAAACUCUUAG